AUGAUUGGAUCCUUCAAGUAUUAUCCCAUCAAUUCCGACUUCAAGCCGGACUACGUCACCACCUACCGAUGUGAAUGUGUGGCCCCCGACCCAGCCAUGUUUGCAGCUAACAACACUAACACAACUUUGUACAAUGUCAUGAAUAAUACAGCCUUGGACUGGAGCCAGCUGAGUAUGAAGGAAUGUCUGAAAUAUGGCGGCAGCCUGCUGGGAAAUUCCUGCAACUACGUUCCUGACCUGGCGCUCAUGUCCUUCAUCCUCUUCUUCGGAACGUAUUCCAUGACGCUGACACUGAAGAAAUUCAAGUUCAGCCGAUACUUUCCUACCAAG